AUGGAUAAGUACACUCGCGUGGAGAAGCCGCGCACAGAGGCGCCGAUCAGCGAGAAUGAGAUCCGAAUCACCGUCGCGGGGAAGGUCCGCAACUACGUCACCUACGCCGCCACUCUCCUCCAGGAGCGCGGGCAGAAGGAGGUGGUGGUAAAGGCGAUGGGGCGCGCAAUCAGCAAGGCCGUGCUCGUUGCGGAAUCCGCGCGGGUAAGGGGGGAAUGGGGGGAAGCGUGA